AUCUGUGCCGUCAGUAUGCCAGUCAGCAAGGAUGUGGAUAAUGACUGUGUGGAGAUAGUCUUCCCUCCUGUUGUUACUCUGGACCUCAGCAGUGAGCAGACUGCGAAGCACGCUGGUAACCAGGACAGUCCGACGCAGCCCUCCAAGGAAGCUGUCAAUUCCCUUCCAGCUGCCCGCGCUAAGGGCACCGACGACUCACCUACACGCACCAGCAGCAGUGCCUCCAUCUCUUCGAUGCUGGCUGAGGCCGGUUCUUCUCCCAACACCUCACUUGGUAGCUUCUUGUCCAAAUUUGACACCUUGGAACCAUUCUGGCGUCCGCUCUUGCUCAUCGUCCCACUGCGUCUUGGUCUCCAUGACCUCAAUCUCUCUUACAUCAACGCCCUCAAGGCCACAUAA